GCUUCAGGCGCUGAUCAGGGCAGCCGCUCCUCCAGCGCGGGGUCCUUCAGAAGACGCUGCUAGGCGGAAGUCGUACGCGCGCGCUGCUGUUGUCUCCGUCGAUAAACUGAUUUAAACUGUUAUUUUUUUGUGUUUCGUGGUUGUUUAUCGAUCAUUUGCUUGGAGAAGCGCGUUUAUUUUCUCCACCAUGGCUCCUACGAUACAGACGCAGUCGCAGCGCGAGGACGGACACCGGAGCUCAGCUCACAGAAGCGUCCCGGAGAGGUCAGGCGUCGUGUGCCGAGUGAAGUACGGAAACAGUCUUCCGGAUAUCCCCUUCGAUCCGAAGUUCAUCGCGUAUCCGUUUGACCAGCACAGGUUCGUGCAGUAUAAAGCCACAUCCCUAGAGAAGCAGCACAAACACGAGCUGCUCACCGAACCCGAUCUGGGCGUCACCAUCGACCUCAUCAACCCUGACACGUACCGCAUCGACCCCAGCAUUCUGUUGGAUCCUGCUGAUGAGAAGCUGCUGGAGGAGGAAAUUCAGGCUCCGUCGAGCUCAAAGAGGUCCCAGCAGCACGCGAAGGUGGUGCCGUGGAUGAGGAAGACGGAGUACAUCUCCACUGAGUUUAACAGAUACGGCGUCUCCAACGAGAAGGUGGAAGUCAAGAUCGGUGUGUCCGUGAAGCAGCAGUUCACAGAGGAGGAGAUCUACAAAGACAGAGACAGUCAGAUCGCAGCCAUCGAGAAGACGUUUGAAGACGCACAGAAAUCUAUUGCCCAGCAUUACAGCAAACCCAGAGUCACGCCGGUGGAGGUUCUGCCCGUCUUCCCAGACUUCAAGAUGUGGAUUAAUCCGUGUGCUCAAGUCAUCUUCGAUUCUGAUCCAGCACCUAAAGAUGUUUCUGCUCCAGCGGGAGUGGACAUGAUGUCACAGGCCAUGAUCAGGGGUAUGAUGGACGAGGAAGGAAAUCAGUUUGUGGCGUACUUCCUGCCUAACGAGGACACGAUGCGCAAACGCAAGAGAGACGUGGACGAGGAGAUGGAGUACAUGCCUGAUGAAGUAUAUGAUUAUAAGAUCGCUCGCGAGUACAACUGGAACGUGAAGAACAAGGCCAGUAAAGGAUACGAGGAGAACUACUUCUUCAUCUUCAGAGACACAGACGGAGUUUAUUACAACGAGCUGGAGACCAGGGUGCGUCUGAGCAAGCGGCGAGCGAAGGUCGGAGCUCAGUCGUCUACAAACGCGGUGCUGGUGUGCAAACACAGAGACAUGAACGAGAAGGAGCUGGAGGCUCAGGAGGCUCGCAAGGCUCAGCUGGAGAAUCACGAGCCCGAGGAUGAAGAGGAGGAGCUGGACCUGGAGAAAGACAUGCAGGACUCUGGCGAGGAGCGCGAGAAACCCAGCGACUCGGAUAACUCUGAGAGCGAGUCUGAGCGCGAGGAUGAGGAGCGGCCCGCGGAUGAAGUCGAGGAGGAGGAGGAGGAGGAGGAGGAGGAAGAGGAGGAGAGCAAGCGGCGCGAGAGGAAGAGCAGCGGCAGCGAGAGCGGCGAGGACCGGCAGGCGCGUGACGAGGAGGAGAUCUUCGGCAGCGAUGACGACAGCGAGGAGGAGGAGGGCGAGCGAGCGAGGAGCAACAGCAGCAGCGUCCAGCACAGCGGCAGCGAGAGAGCGUCCGACUCCAGCGACGCCAGCGACAGCGAAUGAGCUGCUGUUCCUGUUCGCUCUUCUGAACUCUCCGUCUCGGCUCUCUCUUCAUCCCGAUCGAAUCACACGAGACUGACAGACGCGUGCGCAGCACUGCAACAAAACGGCUCGUCUUACUUAGGAUUUCUGUCUUGUUUCUAGUAAAAAUAUCUGGAAAUUCUUAAAUUAAGAUGCAUUUACUAGAUAAAUGCAUUUUGCUUAAAGUAAGUAGAAUUACCUGCCAUCUGCCAAAUAAAAUAAUCUUGUUUUAAAAAUGUUUUACUUGCACCACUGACAGAUCAUUUACUUAAAUUAAGCAAAAUGCACUUAAUGUAGUUUUUUUUCCCCCCUAACAAGACUAAAUAGAUUAAUUCAGUGUGUUUAUCUAGUAAACGCAUCUUAAUUUAAGAAUUUCCAGAUAUUUUUACUAGAAACAAGACAAAAAACUAAGAUAAGCCUUUUUUUGCUGUGUGUGUGUGUGCGUGCAAUCUGUAAGAGAUGCUGAUGAGGAAUGAAUGGCUGGUUUUAUCCUGCUGUAGUUUGAUCAUUUGCUGUUUGUAACCGUCUCAUUUCUUGCUUUUCCAUCAUGAACUGAGCGAAUCACUUAUUAGUGAGCAUCUUUUUUGGUAGUUUUUCCCUCAUUACAGUGUAAACAUUGUAAAUAAACAAUGAUUUAGUUUG